GCUGGACGCCGAUCAAAGCCGCCGGGCCUUGCUGGCACCGAGUCCUGAGCCGGGCUGGUGUCUCCGCGACUCCCUUCGCCAUGGUGGCUUGGGCCACCCCCUUCCUGCUGUGCUUGCCCAUCUUUUGCUGUCUGGGCCACGCCAGCCUCAGCGGCGCCCCCCGGGUGUACCUGACCUACAAAGGGCUGCUGGAGACCCGCACCGCUCGCCCCUUCAGCUUCGCCUUCAACACGAGCGACUAUCGGAUCCUGCUGAUGGACCAGGACCAAGAGCGGCUCUACCUGGGUGCCCGAGACUACCUGGUGGCCCUGGACCUCCACAAUAUCAACAAGGAGCCCCUCAUCAUCCAUUGGCCUGCACUACCGACCCAUCGGAAUGAAUGCCGCUUGGCUGGGAAGGGCCAGUGGGUGAGUGGCGGUCGCUUGAACCUCCCAUAUCCAUAG